CGGGUGGCAACGAUUUCGACCCCGACGAGGGGCCGGCGGAAUCCUACAUCGUGCAAAAGUACAUCGAGAAUCCGCUGCUGAUCGGCGGGCGGAAGUUUGACUUGCGCAUCUAUGCACUAGUAACCUCCUACCAGCCGCUCACCGUGUGGCUGAGUCGAGAAGGGUUCGCGCGGUUUUCCCUGACCCGAUACUCGGUCGACACAGUGCGGGACCCGACCAAGCUGUCCUCGCACCUGACCAACGUGGCGGUGCAGAAAAACCUCUUCUCCAAGGACAACACCUACCAGCGCACCGGCGGCAAGUGGGAAAUCCCGCGGAUGAAGCAGUACUUGAUCUCCAAAAUCGGCCGUGAGCGCACCAUCGACCUCUUCAAUCGUUUCGAGGAAAUCAUCAUCUACAGUCUGCUGGCCGUGCAGCGGGUGAUGAUUGCAGACCGCAAGUGCUUCGAAAUGUACGGCUACGAUAUCAUGAUCGAUUCGCACUUUAACCCCACCUUGAUUGAGGUGAACGCCAGCCCGUCCUUGACCGCCAACACGAAGGCGGACUACGAAAUGAAGUUCGCCACACUGGACGACGUGCUGACUAUUCUGGAUCUGGAGAAGUACUUGGCGCAGGUAGACGAAAAUGGCAACGCGCUGGACUACCACGAUCAGAUCACCCGGGUCGGCGGUUUUGAUCUGAUUUACCGUGCGGGGCCCGUCCCCGGACACACAGAGUCGAUGCUAGGCACGCGAAACGACCGGGAGAGGCAGCUGCGUGAGUUGGCGGAGGAGCUGCAGUUGCGCAACCGAGUGAAAGCGAACCUUUCAUCAACAGUCACUUCUGGCUCUAGGUAGUGCUGCAGCGGCAAGCAUCGGCGGAUCUACGAGUUAUAACGUUGUAACAGAAUCAUGGUCUGCAGGGGCAGGUGUGAAUGUGAAUGCAACCGCAGCAGCACACCAACGAGGAGGCGGAGGGGCGUCCACACAGUGGGUGCCAACCACAACGGUGUAAGCGGUACUAGUGGGUAUAACUACGCGACACGGGGAGGUUCUAGAGUGUGACGGGCUCCUCACUGUGACUCCAGGAGAAAGCGGCCGAAUCAGCUCGUCCUCUGUCUUGUUCUAUCACUAUUUCAUCCCUCGCGCGCUUCGUUGUAACGAGAACGACAGCCCAAGCGAAUGUAUGAAUAAGUAGCAGUUGAAGUAGUUCUUUCUAGAUGAACAUGAACUUCAUGUUAUAGUGCUUAAUUCAAAUCUCCAAACGAGACGAGUGAUAUAUGUGAUUACCUCUCUAUUUCCAAGUACAUAAUGACUGAUCUAUUGUUCGACGGUAAUGAGAAAAAAAGUUUAGACAUGGAGAAAGUGCAUAUCAUGGUUCUUUUUGGCUUUUUAUUUUCCACUGAACACAUAGUGUCGCAAAACAAGAAAAAGCAAGGCCGCGCCAGAACUUGUUUUCUUCUUGUUGUCGUUCAUCAAGGACGGAAAGACCUUGAUGCCCAAAACAGACGUGCAAAACGAGUCUUGGAGGUAUGAAUCUUCAUGCGGUGCUGGU